CGUCCCUACCCAGGCACCAGUUAUUGAACAAAAGUCAAACGAGUUACACGAGUGAGAGGAGUUAAAAAACAAACAACACAAUGCCAGCAAUCGGUAUUGAUUUGGGUACCACAUAUUCCUGUGUGGGUGUGUGGCAACAAGGAAAAGUGGAGAUAAUCGCCAACGACCAGGGCAACAGGACAACACCAUCAUAUGUUGCCUUCACUGACACCGAGAGGUUGAUCGGCGAUGCAGCCAAAAACCAAGUGGCGAUGAAUCCAGCCAACACUGUGUUCGACGCUAAGAGGUUAAUUGGCCGAAAAUUCGACGACCCCAAGAUCCAGGCAGACAUCAAACACUGGCCAUUCAAUGUCAUCAGUGAUGGAGGAAAGCCAAAGAUUGAGGUUGAGUUCCGUGGUGAGAGGAAGAGGUUCAAUCCCGAGGAGAUCAGUUCCAUGGUCUUGACAAAGAUGAAGGAGACAGCUGAGGCAUAUCUCGGUGACAAGGUACGUGAUGCAGUCAUCACAGUUCCAGCAUAUUUCAACGACUCACAGCGUCAGGCCACCAAGGAUGCUGGUGCUAUUGCUGGACUCAACGUACUCAGGAUCAUCAAUGAACCUACAGCAGCGGCACUCGCCUACGGUUUGGAUAAGAACUUGAAAGGUGAAAAGAAUGUCCUCAUAUUUGAUCUCGGUGGUGGUACCUUCGAUGUCUCCAUCCUAACCAUCGACGAGGGUUCACUAUUCGAAGUCAAGUCAACGGCCGGUGACACACACCUGGGUGGCGAAGAUUUCGACUCACGCCUUGUGGAUCACCUGUGCAAGGAGUUCGAGAGGAAAUACAGAAAGAAUCUCAAGACCAACCCGAGAGCAUUGAGGAGACUACGAACAGCAGCUGAACGAGCCAAACGUACAUUGUCAUCGAGUACAGAGGCUACAAUCGAGAUUGAUGCGCUCUUCGAGGGUAUCGACUUUUACACCAAAAUCUCGAGGGCCAGGUUCGAGGAGCUGUGUGCUGAUCUCUUCAGGUCUACACUUGAGCCAGUGGAGAAGGCACUUGCUGAUGCCAAAAUGGAUAAAUCAUCGAUCCACGAUGUUGUUCUCGUUGGGGGCUCCACCAGGAUCCCCAAGGUUCAGUCAAUGCUGCAGAACUUCUUCUGUGGUAAGCAGCUGAAUCUCUCCAUCAAUCCUGACGAGGCAGUGGCUUAUGGUGCAGCAGUGCAAGCAGCUAUUCUAACCGGCGAAGGGGGUAAGAGCUCGACUCUUCAGGAUGUACUUCUUGUCGAUGUCGCACCCUUGUCACUGGGUAUCGAGACAGCAGGGGGUAUGAUGACCAACAUUAUCGAGCGCAAUGCUCGCAUCCCGUGCAAGCAGUCUCAGACGUUCACCACGUACGCUGACAAUCAACCUGGUGUUACCAUUCAGGUCUACGAGGGUGAACGUGCCAUGACCAAGGAUAACAACUUGCUUGGUCGAUUCGAGCUCAGUGGUAUUGCUCCAGCACCGAGAGGUGUACCCAAGAUCGAUGUCACCUUUGACCUCGAUGCCAACGGUAUUCUUCAUGUCACAGCCAAGGACACAGCCAGCGGUCGCAGCAAUGAUGUCCGAAUUACCAACGACAAGGGCAGACUCUCACGAGAGGAAAUCGAUCGCAUGCUGGCUGAGGCUGACAGAUAUCGUGAUCAAGAUCAACAACAAAGGGAUAAGAUAGCGGCUCGCAAUCAACUCGAGUCCUAUGUUUUCUCGGUUAAACAGGCCGUCGAGGACAGCGGAGCACGUCUGAGCCAGGACGAUAAAGACAACGUCAAGAGACUCUGCGAUGAUACCAUCCAGUGGCUGGAUAACAACACCCUGGCUGAGAAAGAGGAGUACGGUCACAAACUGGAGGAGAUCCAGAAGCAGUGUUCACCCAUCAUGAUGAAGAUUCAUCAAGGUGCAGGUGGACAAUCAAUGCCUCAGGAUUGUGGAAGCCAGUUUAGACAGGGAGAUAACAACUACUCUGGACCUACUGUUGAAGAAGUCGAUUGAAAGCUGGACUUUCUGAGGAUUUCAUUGAUUGAAUUGCAACGUUGGAGACUGAGACCUACACAUAUACCUGACAGAUUUAUUUAUUUUCAUUCCAUUGCUGUAUGAACUGGUAGAUUUUCAUCACUAAACGAAUCAGAUGAUCCAUUUUUUUUGAGUAUUUUUUUUGCAGUUGAGUAAAAGCUGUUUCAUUCGUCGAGCCAUUGAAAAUUGAAAUUUGGUUAUUACAGAGUACAAUUUUUGUGACGCGAGGUGUGAAAAUUUUAGUUGACUAUAAUGAAAAUUAUUGUAAAAAGGUGGAUUAUCUGGUGAUUUUCCCCUUGUGAUAGAUGAAAAUAAACUCGUUAUUUUUUUUUUAUAACAAAAAA